AUGCGCUUUACCAAGAAAAACAGCAAGAAAGGUCUGAAGAAGAUACAAGCCAACAAGGCCAUGAGCACAGGUGCCGGGGCCACCAAGGCCCUCAUCAAGCCCAAGGAGCUCAAGCCAAGGGUCCCAAAGGGUGGGAGCUGUGAGCUCAGUCGACUUGCCUACAUCGCUCACCCCAAGCUUGGGAAACAUGCUUGUUCUCACACCACCAAGGGGCUCAGGCUCUGCCCGCCCAAGGCCAAGGCUGAAACCAAGCCCCAGGCUGCAGGUGUAGCUGCAGCUCAGGCUCAGGCUCCCACUCCCAAAGCUGCCCAGACCCCCACGAAGGCUCCAGAGCAGAGACCUCUGUCUGCUGAUGUGAGCACGGAAGGACUGGUGUGA